AUGAAUCUCAGACGGGAUUUCCACUUUGAUCCCUUCUCAGCGGAGGCAAGACUACUCGAUGAGCAAGGUCCUUCAAUGCCAGACAUUGACUGGUCUAACCCACAAUCGUUCCUCAGCGCAAUGGGGGGUCCCAUGCCUGAGCUUCCCUCACCCGCCAAGGUUCGGCAACAAGCUACAGACUAUUCAUCCAAGAUCUUUACGAGUUACAACUCCCUGAAGGGUAUUCUUGAGCGACAUGAGGCUACCAUUCAAAAGAGAUGGACAAAGAAGACUCGCCAGCAGAGACUCCAGAUUCUUCUCAAAGCAUGGCCGGCUAUGCCAACCCCCCACCGCCCAGACUUUGAGGCUUUUCGCAAAGAGUCCAAGGAGGAGCGAGAGAGGGGAACAAAAUUCAAGGAUCACUUUAUGUGGCCCUACAUCAACCAGGAGGACCUAUCUCAGUCUAAGCCCAUGCUUCUGUUAAUAAACUCCAGAGGCCGUAGACCACCGCCGGCGUUUGCGGCAGCUGAUAACGACGCGAUGCACCUAGGCAGGGUAACAAAAGCACUCUUGGCCAUCUUUCUCAAUGAACAUACGAUGGUAUUGAAUGGUGCCACGAGGGCUGAGGAGUAUGGAAAGCUUGUUGACUGGGAUUCUCAUCCAGAUGCUUUUGAGUGGAUGCAUACCCGCAAGCAGUUCCUCCCAGGCGAGGGCCUUUUAAUUCUUGAGGCACAAUCUCGUUUGAUGGUAUUCCUGGUUGAUUGCUGUCGUCAAAUUCUGCACGAGAUCCCCGAGGAAACUAUCGCCAGCGAUGUCUAUCCGGUUCAACCUGAGCCUCAGUUGAAGGCAGAUAGCGAUGCGUCCGGAUUUCCUUCUUUGGCAAUCAUGGCCGCCGAAGCUCCUUACCGACUACCAGCAGAGCUGGACCUCAGUCGACUCACCUCCUGCCUCGAGGCCAGGAAGUUGGCAGCAGAGGAUCACGUCUGGUCACUCCGUGAAGAUCCUGCGUACUUCGCCGACCAAUUCCGCGAGAUACAAGAUCGUCGACUGGAAAUGCUACCUGAUACUCAGGGAAAGCCCCAUCCAGCGACUCAGAAGCUCCGCGUAAACACUCUCUGGGCGCGUGUCACUUUUUCUAUGCUGAUGGAUGCUUACGCAAAUCUCGAAACGCUUACUGAACUUCAUCGCCAAGCUCAAAAUCUCAGCGCCAUGCAGAAAAAGUUCGAAAAGGAGAUACAGGCCACGAGGGAGCUACCUAAGGAGUAUAUGGUUGCACUCCUUCGGUUCAGGUACUACCUACAACAGGCGUCCAAAGCACCGUUGGAGAACCUCAAAAUCUCCGUGACGGCCUCGCCGCCGAUGCGCAAGUUCUUUGUUCGCGACCCACCUCCCGACUCAGAAACUACCAAGAUCUUGAUAAGAAGCCGGGCUGGUGUCAAGAUGGACAAAAUUGAAACCCACCUAAUCUGGCUCCUGCGAAUACUCUGGGAAGAUGACUACGAAUUGUUUCUCGCGCACCCACCCAUCGUAGUAGACGAACUGGAGCGCCUACUACAAGCCGAACCUAAAGCUGAUGCGCUUAUAUCUGCCCAUGUCGCCAAGACGAUCGGAGAGUUGGCUAUUCUAACGCAGUGCCAGAAGCAACUUGAACUUUACCAACCAUGGGCCCAACAGUUCAAAAUGGCUUCCCCGGAACAUGAAGAGAGUUUCAAGAAGGAUUUCACUGCCCUGCAAAAGCCAAUGACACAGCUUCAUGGCGCAUUUCUACAAAAGCACCUAGACAGCGCCGCAAGACUAGGUGAGCCAUCUGGUGCAAAGUUCACCUACCCUUACGAUAAGCGACGCACAAAAGAGACAGUGGACGCGCUGCGACAGGCUGAGGCGAAUCUUGAUAUGUUCUGGGCCAAUGUGGACAAUGUAACCAAAGCCAGGGUUACGGUCUUCGAAGGCACAGCGUUGUAUCGCCUUCUUUCGCAACCGCGCAUUUUGAGACGAACUGCGGAGUGGGUAGAUCCUGUGAAGAAAAGCGAGAGUGUCGAGACCAGCUUGGAGAAAGAUAUCUGGGCUCUCAACCGCCCUAUGUCGAAUCUGUUCCUAGGACAGUUUGAGCAAACGGGGCAAACCUCUAGUUCCCGAAGCGCCCGGUCCAAGACCAAGGUCAAAACCAAGGGUGAAGGAUCUCAAGUGCUCAUCGACACUAUCAACGCUCAACCAGUCAACGCCCCAGAUUCCGAAACAGCCGCCGAUAAGCAGCCCACCUUUGCAGUUAAUGCACGAGUACUAAAAGUAUUCCGCACACUGUUCUUCAACCCCGAAGUAACAUCAACACCAGGUUCCGUUCUAUGGCAUGACUUUCUCUAUGCUAUGGCUUCUACUGGUUUUCAAAUCGAGAAGCUCUACGGCUCAGUAUGGCAGUUUUCUCCUACUAGUGUGAGUAUGAGUGUUGAGCGGAGCAUUCACUUCCACGAGCCUCAUCCCAAGGGUAAGAUCCCUUUUGAGGUUGCUCGACGCCAUGGCCGGAGAUUGACACGGGCUUAUGGUUGGCAUGGUAGUAUGUUUGUGCUGAAAGAGAAGGAGUAA